AUGGCGUAUCUCCGACUUGACAAAGCGCGUCAGGUCCGCAAGCAGAUGGAUCAAACACUUCGAACACUGACACAGAGUAGUGAGGGUCUCGCUGACCAAGAAUACUGCGCAAAGAUGGAGAAAGAAGUUCCCAUUACAGCUCAGUAUCUUUUAGACCAUGGAGUCAAACUCAAUCACCAUGACGAAAAGAAUGUCUUGCUAGAAUUCAAUACGAACCAGCACUUUGUAUUUCCUGAGGCAAGCUUGAAUCUGGUUGAUUUGGCAUCCCUUACUCACUUUCCACAGGGCGGCGGCCACGCCAUCAUCAAUGCCUUAUUUGAUCAUAUCAGAAAGUUCGACGCCGUCACCGUCAUGUGGGAGACGCAAGCGGAGCAAUUGUUGACUCAAGAAGAUGGCUCUGUUUGCGGAGUCAAAGUUCGAAAAUCAGAUGGUCGCAUGACAAGAGUUCGGGGAAAGAAAGUCAUGUUGGCAUGUGGAGGUUUUGAGGGCAAUCGGGAAAUGCUGGGAAGAUAUGUUGGACCGCGAACCGAGCAUCUUGAACUCAUCGCCCCUGGUCUGAAGUACAAUACCGGCUUUGGCUUGAAAAUGGGGUUGGAAGUUGGUGCUGCCACAGCCGGCUCGAUGAGCGGCAUGCAUUGUGAACUUGUUGAUAUCAGAGCCAAGAAGCCUGACGCCGUCAUCUGGGGUCAUAAUUAUGGUAUUGUCGUGAACGAGUACGUCGAUGAAUCUCUGAGAUGA